CAUCAUUCAGAGGCAGCCCCUCAUUCACUGCUGUACAGUUAUACUGUGAGGCGAGCCUGCAAACGUCUCCCAGCGCUCACCUGAGAUGUUGUCACUUUGGAUUCCUCUCCUGCUGUCCGCAGCGUGCCUUCUCCAUGGCUCCGAGUCUGAGCCUGACAACCAGAAGGUGAAGCAGAGAUCACUUCGGCAGAAAGAUCUGGACAUCAUAGACAGAUACAAUGGCUUAUGCUCGCAAGGCAGUAUGGGUCUUCCUGGACGGGACGGAACUCCGGGAGUGAAUGGAAUCCCAGGUACACCUGGAAUUCCCGGACGUGAUGGAGGAAAAGGAGAAAAAGGAGAAUGUAUGAGGGAGAGUCUGGAAGAAUCCUGGACACCAAACUUCAAGCAAUGUGCCUGGAGUGCCCUCAACUAUGGCAUAGACCUGGGGAAAAUCGCAGAAUGUACGUUCACUAAGAUGCGUUCACACAGCGCUCUGAGGGUCGUGUUCAGCGGCUCUCUGCGCCUGAAGUGUAAGCAAGCCUGCUGCCAGCGCUGGUAUUUCACCUUCAACGGAGCCGAGUGCGCCGGCCCGCUCCCUAUUGAGGCCAUUAUAUAUCUGGACCAGGGCAGCGCAGAGUUCAACUCUACAAUAAAUAUCCACCGCACUUCCACAGUGGAGGGAUUGUGUGAAGGAAUCAGCUCCGGACUGGUGGAUGUAGCUGUCUGGGUGGGCACCUGCAACGACUACCCCAGAGGAGAUGCUUCUACAGGGUGGAACUCUGUGUCCAGGAUCAUUAUUGAAGAGCUACCAAAAUAACAUUCUCAAAACUAAAAGUGCACAUUAUUAUUAUAUAGGUGCAGCAAAUCUUACCCCUGUAAAGGAAGGAAAUUGAGAAAAACAUGGAAUUAUACGUACUGUAUAAAUAAAAUGACAAGGUGCUUUUUAGUCAUUUAGAAUAUGACGACACAUUAUGUUCUAUCUGCCAAUAACCCGUUCUCCGAGCUGACUUUCAACAAAUUGCAGGACAAUUUUAGAUAAACAGCUCCAAUGUCAUUCAUUUGAAGGCACUCUCCAUACUCCUUAGUUGUAUUUUGUAUAUUUUAUAUCCAAAUGUUGUUGUUUUUUUUUAAAUAAAACUAAAUAGAAACAAUCUAGAAA